AUGGAACAAAUAUCGCUGAGCAUGCGUUUCUACUCGAUGUUGAUGAACUUCAUCGGUUUGAGUAAUCUACACUACGAUAAAAGGAGUCGCCAACUGGAGCUGCGACAUGUUCCAACUCUGGUUUAUAGUCUCAUCUUGAAUGUGAUCUAUUUCUUGCUGGCUCCUUCUGCAUUUACCCUGCUGGUGCAGUCCAUGUAUCGCUGUGAGGUGAUGGGCAUGUUGCCCAUGGUCUUCAAUGUGGUAUCCCUGGCCAAGUUGUCAUCCAUUUUGCUGCUCCUUCUCAGCAUUUGGGUGCGGAGGCGUCGUCUUAGUCGUCUAGCCAAUGGCUAUAUGCUACUCUUGGAUAACUAUCGCAUGGGAUUGACAAACUAUUGCAAACCACGUUGUAUCCUAAAACUGUUAAUGACCAGUUCGCGUUUCUAUCUGUUGAUGGUCCAACUUGUGGGUCCUGGCUCCGCGGUGCGCUGUAAUAAGACGGGAGUGACUAGUUUUUCACUCUUUUACCUAGCCGCAGUUUUAUUUGGUGUGAUGAUGGAAUUACUACUAAGCCUUACGGACUUCUCAGGCUACAUUUUUGUGGUUAUGGCCAAUUGGGUGCUCAUCUCCAUGGCUGAGGAGGUGAAUGGUAUGACACUGGAUCAUCAGAAACUACCGCAGAGGAGCGGUUGCAUACGGCGCAUGGCCGAGAGUCAACUCCUUGUGGGUUGGCGUAAGUUCUGGCAACGUGUUCAAUCUAUUGACAAACUGAUGGCACAACUUUUGAACAUUAGCCAAUGGCAAAUGCUCUUUAAUCUCUUUACCUCUUAUCUCUCCGAUAUAGCCAUUGUGUUUCGCAUGCUUAUCUAUGCCGAAUACGAGAGAGAUUUUCAUCUCUAUAGACUUCUAAUGUAUGCUCUUGUAUGUGUGGCCCAUCACACGGAUAUCAUGAUGCGUUUCCAUAUCUAUGAGAAGAAUCACUUGCAUUGGCAAGAGCUUCUCCAGAGUCUGGGACAGCUAUUCUCUGAUCUUCGACCGGAAAGGGGAGAACUUCAUUUCUUCAGAUAUGUGGAAUUCGCUGUACUUCGUCUUGGCCGUCAACUACAACCGAAUUCUCAGCGCGUUCGUCCUAAACAAAUUGCCGGAUUGUUCGAUAUGAGUAAUGCCAAGGCUUUCACCUUAACCAGUUCCAUGGCCAUAAAUGUUCUGCUAUUAUUUCAAAUUGCCUAUAAAAAUUAUUCUUAAAAAGUUUAUAAGCGAGUUUUAUAGGUAAAAAGAAGCUAACUGUUAAGGAUAAAACUUUACUUGGUGGAGAGUUCGAAAAAUUUAUCCGCCAUAAAAAUUGCCUAUUUCGAUAUGAAAAGCUUUCAUUUAAUUUGAAGCUUUAUCGACUCUCCUUGAGCUUUUUUCAAAAGUUAUUGGAGGUUUGAAUUAUCCUUGAAAUCAACCACUCACACUUCAUAACUUAAAACGAGAUCCUAGAA